AAUUUAUUGCAGAGUACUUUAGUCCGUUUUAUUUAUCCCAAAUGAAACAAAUGUGGAAAUAUUAUAACAAAAUGAAAGAUGAUGGUGAACCCAGCAGCUGCUGGCAGCGACGCAACGGCUUCAACGUGGACAAGUUGGUGACCCCCUCGCACGCAAACAAAACAAUAAAGAAGCCACAGGAGGAGACGCGUUUUUCGCCAUUUUUCCACACGUUGCGUUGGAUCAUAGUUCGUUUUAAGCGAAAUUCUUCGCGCAGCCCCAGAGUCUCUCAGAACUUAAACUCAACUGCAUCGCGCUAAAUAGGGAGAGUGAUGGUUUAGAGGACCUUGUUGAAGAGUCCGGCGAAGUUAUGUGGCUAAAAGAUAAAGACAACUUGUAUGAACGUGAGUGUAUGAAGUAGCUGGUAUGACCGUGGCGCGAGGCGCGGUGAGCGCGCGGCUGCAUCAAAAAGACGGGCACGCGAAGGCCGCCCGGUCGCCAUUUUGUACCGGUAGAUGCGUCUCUAACGCGGCUGUAAAAUGUCCAUCCAGCGGCUCGGUCCAUCCGGCGAGCGAACAGCGAAUUCCUCUGCACAACGGCGCAAAGACGCAAGCAAGUAGCUUUCCUAUUUGGGAAAAUAUCGGAGAUAUCGCUUAAUUCCACAGAGACGGCGGGGGGCGGCUAGCGGGUUAGCAUCGGCAGCUAACCCACAAAAUGUCCGUCUGCAAAUGAGCCGCGGCUGAAAUGGCCACGGACGCAUCGGAGACACCAGGCGCGACGGCCACGCAAAAUGCACAGGGAUGGCGCACCUCGGAGGACACGCGGUUUGUGGAGUCCCAAGGAGACCCAGGGACUGACCCAGUUGUUCUGUGGCUCAACGGGGGGCCAGGCUGCAGCUCUCUGGAUGGUUUUCUCACGGAGCAUGGCCCUUUCCUGGUUCAAGAUGAUGGUGUUUCAUUGGCAUACAAUCCAUAUUCUUGGAACAUGAUUGCCAACAUGCUCUACCUGGAGUCCCCAGCAGGAGUUGGCUUCUCAUACUCUGAUGAGAAGAAAUAUGCCACCAAUGAUACAGAGGUGUCAAUGAAUAACUAUUUGGCCCUGAAAGAAUUCUUCAGGCUCUUCCCAGAGUACAGCAAGAACGAGUUCUAUAUCACAGGCGAGAGCUAUGGAGGCAUCUAUGUGCCCACGUUAGCAGAACGUGUGAUGGAGGACAGCAGCAUUAACCUGCAGGGUAUUGCAGUGGGUAAUGGGUUGUCCAGUUAUGAGCUGAAUGAUAACUCCUUGGUCUACUUUGCAUAUUACCAUGGGCUCUUUGGAUCAAGCCUUUGGAUGGACUUGCAGAGCUACUGCUGCAAAGAUGUGAACUGUGACUUCUAUAGCAAUAAGAAUCCCAACUGCUCAAAGAGUUUGGGUGAGGUGCAGAACAUUUUAUAUGCUUCAGGACUGAACAUCUACAACUUGUAUGCUCCUUGUGCAGGGGGUGUAAAAUCAAGAGUCAGUUAUAAUGAGGACCACUUGGUGAUCCAUGACCUGGGGAAUAUUUUUACUCAGCAUCCCUGGACUGCCAUGUGGAAUAAGAACUUUCAUAGCAUUGCAGCUUUGCAUAAGUCGGUGAAGCUUGACCCUCCAUGCACCAAUUCUACAGCCUCCACCAAGUACCUGAACAACCCCUAUGUAAAGUCAGCCCUGCACAUCUCCACUUCUGCAAUGGACUGGGAGAUAUGCAGUGCAGAAGUGAACCUCAACUAUAAGAGGCUUUAUAUGGAUGUAAAGAAGCAGUACCUCAACCUGCUUGGUGCACUGAAGUAUCGUGUGCUGGUCUAUAAUGGAGAUGUAGAUAUGGCCUGUAACUUCCUUGGCGAUGAGUGGUUUGUGGAGUCACUUCAACAGCAGGUCCAGGUGACUCGCAGGACUUGGCUAUACAACACUGGUGUGGACCAGCAGGUUGGAGGUUUUGUGAAGGAAUUCUCAAACCUGGCCUUCCUCACAGUCAAGGGUUCAGGCCACAUGGUGCCCACUGACAGUCCCAUUGCUGCCUUCACAAUGUUCAGCCGCUUUUUGAAGAAGCAGCCCUACUGAAAAUCAAGGAUGCACAUGGGUUCAACCUUUCUGCUAGAGGAGUUGAUGGUCCAGGUAGUCAGUCAUCCAGUAUGGACCUUGAUUUCACUCUUUCCAAAGCUCCAUUUGUCGAUCUACACUUUGUUUGACUUGAUCUAAAAUGUGCUCAGGGUGAGUGUAGACUGUACUAGACAAAUAUCACUGGGAGAGUGUUAAGGAUGAAGAAACUUUAAUACAUUCCGCUGUACACUCAAUGGUCUGUUUUUAAUGAAUUGUGAGGUUUUAUGGGUGCCUUUUUAAAGGGAAAUGCUGAUCUUUAAAUUUCCUCUUUGCCUUUCAGUAAAGCAAAUGUUACUAUUAAAUGGAAUCUGAUUAACUGUCUGUGCAUUACAAUUUCAUCUCCCCACCCCCCCUUCUUUGUGUAAAGGGAUUAUAUGUUGCUCAGACUCUUAUACUGCAACCUGCAAUUUAACUUUUAAGAUGACCUUUUGUUUCACUCACUUUUUCAAUAAAGUUGUCCUCCCAUUAAAUUACAUCUUGUUGCUGUACUUUUAAGGUCACUAUAACAUGCUUGUAAGUGAUAAUAUACAGUGAUCUUGAUGUUUAACAAAUUUCACAUUUAAACACCCAAU